AUGGGUAAGCUUCUGGUCCUAACCGCUCAAACACUGAAGAUUCAUGCAGAGAUCCUAAGCCAUUUUGUCAAAAUCGCAAAGUUGAUCAGCAGGAAGGACAAGGCCACAUUUGAUAAGCGGGACUACCUGACUUCUAAAGAGGAGAACUACGCCAGAAUGAGAGAGUAUAUCAGGUCGCUCAAGAUGGUGCCACGCAUCCCUUACCUGGGAAUUUACCUGCUGGACAUGAUAUACAUCGACUCGGUCUAUCUCGCCUCUGACAGCAUCAUCGAGACUGAACAGUGAACCAAUCAGAUGAACAAUAUCCUGCGAGUCAUUUCUGACCUGCAGAUGUCCUGUACAUAUGAUCAGUUCAAUCACCUCGUGACCCUCCCUCAUGUGCAGAAGUACUUGAUGUCUGUUCGCUACAUUGAGGAACUUCAAAAGUUCGUGGAGGAUGAAAAUUUUAAAUUGUCUCUGAAGAUUGAACCAGGAAACAGUUCUCCUCACAUGGCCACUUCCAAAGAAGAUCUUGCAGGUCCCUCUGAGGUCUCUCUCUCGGUGUGGUUUAAUCGAUGGCCCACAUGCCCUGAUGCCACUCUGGGGGUCCAUAUUCGUGGGCCUCCACACGCGCUACAUCUCCGCGGUAACGCGCUCAACAAUAUGAUGUGGCAGUUUGGUGUGGUGGAGAGUAAAAGGUUUCCCACAGAGGAACCACACCAUCUGCUGGACGACAGCUUCUUAGAGUCACAGAGUCCAGCCCGGAACAAACCAUACAGCUCGCCUGUGUCUAACGGCAUAUCUAUAGGCAGCAGUCAGAAUUCAUUCUGUGAUGACCUUUCUCCAGGGGUCGAGAGGGGGCGCAUGUAUGCCACUCUGGGCCCUAACUGGAGGGUUCCUCAUCGCAACUCACCUAGAGGGCCAUGA